CAGCAGCCGCCUCUGGUGGCGCGAGGCAGCUCGCAGCAGAGGGGCGGGGAGGCAGCGCAGCCGAGGCUCACAGUCAUUAACGACCACCGACGACCGGGAAGCCUCGUCCAGCAGCAUCACACACGGCCGGAAAAGAUGGUCGCGGUGCGGAUGUCGCCCAGCUCGUCCCCGUCGGCGGAGUGGAUCUGCUGCCUGGACAAAAGGCCAUCGGAACGCUCAGGAGAGGACGUGGACAUAAUAUUGACCAGACUCCGAGAGGUCAAAGCCUUCCAGAGGUUCCCUCCUCCGCUCCUGCUACAGAUCUGUGCCUGUGCCUUCUACGAAUGCCUGGAGAAAGGCAUCACAUUAUUUCGACAGGGAGACAUAGGCACGAGCUGGUACGCUGUCCUCUCUGGGUCUCUGGACGUCAAAGUGUCAGAAACCGCCAACCACCAGGAUGCAGUCGCAAUCUGCACGCUGGGAAUCGGGACGGCGUUCGGGGAAUCCAUCCUGGACAACACGCCACGCCACGCUACCAUCGUCAGCAGAGAGACCAGCGAGCUGCUCCGCAUCGAGCAGAGGGAGUUCAAAAGCCUCUGGGAGAAGUAUCGUCAGAGCCUGGCUGGACUGUUGGCUCCUCCUUAUGGAGCUAUGGAGAGUGGAUCCAACAAUGACCGGCUCACAGACAAAGACAACAUGAACUCUGACUCUACAAACAAAGCUCACAACAAGAUUCCUUCUGAGAAGCUGCAGAGAGCGGGGAAGUUUCUCCGCAACGCCAUCCUCUCCAGAGCUCCACACAUGAUCCGAGACAGGAAGUACCACCUGAAGACCUACAGACAAUGCUGUGUCGGCACUGAGCUGGUGGACUGGCUGGUUCUGCAGAGCGCCUGCGUCCUCACGCGCUCCCAUGCUGUCGGGAUGUGGCAGGCGCUUCUAGAAGAAGGCGUGCUGAAUCACGUGGACCAGGAGCUGGGUUUCCAGGAUAAGUAUCUCUUCUAUCGCUUCCUUGAUGACGAGGAGGAGGACACGGCGUUGCCUAGCGAGGAGGAGAAGCGGGAGAGUGAGGACGAGCUGCCGGAGACCAUCCUGUUCCUCGCUCAGAUUGGCCCUGAUGCACUGCUGCGCAUGAUCCUCAGGAAAUCACCCGGUCAGAGGACAGGGGACGACCUAGAGAUCAUCUAUGAUGAGCUGCUUCACAUCAAGGCCUUAGCUCACCUCUCCAACACUGUGAAGAGGGAACUGGCAAGUGUUGUGAUUUUCGAAUCACAUGCAAAAGCUGGCACUGUGUUGUUCAACCAAGGGGAGGAGGGCACGUCCUGGUACAUUAUCCAGAAGGGCUCUGUCAACGUGGUCAUCUACGGCAAGGGCGUGGUGUGUACGCUGCAUGAGGGCGAUGACUUUGGGAAGCUGGCCCUGGUUACAGAUUCACCUCGUGCUGCCUCUAUCGUCCUGAGAGAGGACAACUGCCACUUCCUUCGUGUGGACAAGGAAGACUUCAACAGGAUACUCAGGGAUGUGGAAGCCAACACGGUGCGUUUGAAAGAGCACGAACAAGCCGUGCUGGUGUUGGAAAAGAGUCCCCGUGCCUCCACCCUGGGAAGCAUCAAGUACACUGUGAUAUCAGGAACACCAGAGAAAAUCCUUGAGCACUUCCUGGAGACCAUGAGGAUGGACAUACAUUACAGUGAACCAGACCCUCCAGUGGAUGAUUUUGUCCUCAUGCACUGUGUCUUCAUGUCCAACGGCCAGCUGUGCCCUCUGCUCAUGGCACACUAUCACGCGGCAUCUCCACCCGGCUCCGAGCAGGAGAGGUUGGAGUAUGCGCUCAACAGCAAGAGACGGGCCCUCAUCCUGACCCUGCGAUGGGCCAACACGCACACGUACCUGCUGCAGGAGGAGCCCGCUGCCAUCUCUUUCUUGGAGGAGCUCUAUGGAAGUUUGUCUAACGACUCGCGGAUGCUGAGGGCUCUGAAGGACUUGGUACCUGACUUGGAGAAAAUCGUCCAAUUGCAUUCAGAAGAAGCCAAAUCGAGCAAAAAGAAAACACUAAUACGACAGUACAGCAAUGGAGAAGAAAGGCUGCAAAAGAAACAGCCAAUCAGGAACCAAGAUGACAUCCUUCUCAAGGUUUACUGCAGUGAUCACACAUACUCAACCAUCAGGAUUGCUGUGGCAGCGUCGGGAAGGGAAGUGAUCAGCGCCGUGGCUGACAAGCUGGGCACAACUGACGAGCUGGUGCUGGUCCACCUCAGCUCCGCUGGUGAAAAGCACAUUUUGAAGCCUAAUGACGUGUCAGUGUUUUCUACUGUGGGUAUCAACGGCAGGCUAUUCGCCUGUUCCCGAGAGCAGCUCAGCAGUCUGACUCCGCUGCCAGAGCAGGAGGGUCCCUCUGCAGGCUCCAUGUCCACGUUCGAGCUGAUGAGCUCCAAAGACCUGGCUUAUCAAAUGACCAUGUAUGACUGGGAGCUCUUCAGCUGUAUGCACGAGCACGAGCUGCUCUACCACACGUUCGGCCGCCAGAGCUUCAGGAGGACCACCGCCAACUUGGACCUGUUCCUGCGGAGGUUCAACCAGGUUCAGCUGUGGGUGGUCACGGAGGUGUGCCUCUGUGGGCAGCUCAGCAAGAGAGUGCAGCUCCUGAAAAAGUUCAUCAAGAUAGCUGCUCACUGUCGGGAGUUCAAGAACCUGAACUCGUUCUUUGCCAUCAUCAUGGGGAUGAGCAACCCAGCUGUCAGCAGACUGAGCCAGACCUGGGAGAAACUUCCCACCAAGUUUAAGAAGUUCUAUGCGGAGUUUGAGAGCAUGAUGGACCCGUCCAGGAACCACCGGUCCUACCGACUCACUGUUACCAAGCUGGAGCCACCAAUCAUCCCCUUCAUGCCGCUUCUCCUCAAAGAUAUGACAUUCACAAAUGAGGGCAACAAGACAUUCAUUGACAAUAUGGUCAAUUUUGAGAAAAUGCGUAUUAUAGCAAACACCAUUCGUCAAGUGAGGCACUGUAGAAGCCAACCCUUUAAUCCCGACAUCUGCCAACCGAACAAGAACCAAGCGGAGGUCCGGGGCUACGUCAGGAAGCUGUGCGUGAUCGACAACCAGAGGGCGCUGACGCAGCUCUCCUACAGGCUGGAGCCCCGGCGGACAUGAAGCCUUCCGCCACCGUCGCCUUCUCCUCCACGCUCGCAUCGGAUGGGAUGAAACAACGCAGUUCGAUUUUCAGUAGCAAGUUACCGUGCGACAGGGACUCUUACAGGACAGGACAAUACGGUGCCGUCAACAGCCGCCACCUCCCGGACCCGCAGACAGACAGGCGCCGGGCGGCUGCUCCUGUAGUGUGUCUCACCCCACAAUAAGGGUUUGAUCUGUACUAGCUGUUACUGUUUAGGACCUGUUGCAUAGAAGUGUAAUGUAUAGAACCUGAAUCAGUAUCCUGCAUGGCUAUCCUUCAUAGGCUUAGUGUUCUAUACAGUGGAUUUCUAUCGGAGCGUCCUGCAAUGUUGUACUUCCCCCAGACGAGUCCUAGUUUACAAUAUAUUACUGCACCUGCCUGUAAACGAACGUCCCCAUGAACUACUCGGACAGAAAACUCCACCAACUGUGAUCCAGACUUCUCAUUUUCCCUGAAUAUACAGAUAAAUAUGUGAUAUAUUUACUUAAUAAUCCACACGACUAUAUCACCGUGUUUGCCAAUCUUUAGGAUUCGUUGUCCUUUAGAUGAAUACCUUAGUCAGACGCGCGGAAAACUGCUGAACAGUAUUAGUUCAUUUAUUUACAGUAUUGCGUUUUAUUCUUGCGCUGGAGGCCAACUCCUGGAGAGUCAUUCUGAUCCAGAAGCAGAGUCUGCAAGCAGCCUUUUGUUUCAGGGGGGGCGACCUGUCGCCUCUCAACCAGUUCUGUGCGGUCUGUGUGCUUUUACUUUUCUAUCUGUGGAUGUAAACUUUGAGUGUGUUCUUGACAAGUGUUGUUAAAUUUCCUUUGAUCUCAGGAGCUUUUGACGUGACGUGUGUGUGUGUGUGUGUGUGUGUGUGUCCAACUGCCCGAGACUGGCCUCCUCCAGAGCAGCCCAUACCUGUACUGUGUGCGUAGUCUGCCUUGUAAAUAAAAAGAGCCCAUUGAACAGUGUGGAUGGUCCAA